AUGGCGACUGCAAGCCGGACCAUGUCGCCCGGGGGUUCCCUCCUCCGGGCUUCGCGCAUGUUCUCGCUGCCCCAAGCAAUACCGCCGCCGCCCGGCGACUUCCAGGCGGCCACCAGCUACAACUCGGACACGGCCACCCAGGCCUACCCGACCCUGCAGACCGUCACCGCCCCUGAGAACUUCAGGCAGCGCGGCGAUUGGGGCUUCAAGCGCAACUUCCCCAUGCGGUCGACCGCCAGGACAAGCACGCCCUAUCUCCGCAUCAAGCAGGUCGACUCCAUCGAGCACGUCACCGACUUCGCCUCGGCCGCCGACCAUGCCUUGACGCUGGAGAAGUGGCAGGAAAUGAACAUUGCCAUAUCCCUCCCACACACGAUACCUCAGUCAGCGACAUCCACGCUUCGUUCCAUGGAGGUGAAUGCGAAGUCCGUCUUCGAGAGCAAGUACGAUUUCACUGCGAUCGACGAAAAGAAGAUCAGCGAGUCGGGCCAGAUGCGAUGGAAGUACAAGGGCCCAUGGCUGGCCAAAUUGACGGAGGGAGAGUUCCAAAAGUACAUUCAGAAGCAUGUGCGGCCGAGGAAGACCGAGUUCCGCCAGUUCCUGCGCGAGCAGCUUGCUGCCAAGCUGACACAGGACGCGAAGCUCCGCGCGAGCGAGGAGGGAGGUCAGGAGGAAGCUGUGCGCGUGCAGGAGGUGCAGCCGGGCGAUAUCACCGAGGACCAGCUUACUGCCUUUUUGAGGGAGUUGCGCCAGGACCGUCAGUCCCUCUUCGACCUUGUUGGGAAGUUCCUGGACCUUGCGCCAAUUGAGCCUCCACAGACCCCGAAUUAUCUGGAGAACCUGAUGGUUGGGCAAGCAAGGACUCUGGAUCGCGACAACCCCUAUGCCCUGCACGGGCCCCCUGUCACACAUCCCUCGGCGGGUCUAUCCUAUCUGCGGACGACGUCUUACAUGGACAACCACCCUGCCUACGGGCCCCUGAAGUACCACCCCCCAGUCAAGGGCAGAGUCUUUUUGUCGAGCACCGACGCCACUUCCUUCGGAAAGUCUGGCAAUCUGGGUAUCGGUGGUUUCGUCGUCGGCUCAAAAGGAAGCAACACAGAGUACCGCAGUUCGGACCGCCGCCUUGACCCGACUGUUAAGGGUGGUCAGAAGCUAUGGGCACACAUCUUCUCGGCGCAGCUCACUUCCCAAGGUCGGGUCAUGCUGGGCGCCGAGGAGGUGCAGGGUGGGGCUACUAAUGAAUCGAGAAUGGUGCAGGAGGAGAUGGUGGGAAAAAAGCAGGUCUUCCACAAGGAGGCAGAAGAUAGCACUCAAGACUUCAUGCUGCCCAUGAGGGGACCGAGAUCAGCGGCCAGGCUGGACCGCAGGGGUCGCUACGUCGACCCUAAAAUCACCCCAGGAAGCGGCGAGAAAUACGGAAUCAAGUUGGGUCGGUCUAGGGGCAGAGAUAAACCACAAUAA